CGUGGCAAUUCAACUGACUGCUUUUUGGGGUGGUGUGGAGAGCUUUGGUUUUAACAUCCUUCUCUAUUGUGUCCAGUCAUGUCGCAUCAGUCGCUCAAGCUCUACAUUAAUGAAGAGACCUUCACUGUAGUCCCAGAAUUCUACGACCCUGAGGUGUCGAGAGAGGUUAUUGUCAUUAACCGAUCUACUGGAACCUUAGAAUGCACUGCUGAAGCCUCGACACACGCUACUCGAGAGAACGUAUGGAACAUCUAUGGUAUCAUGGGAUUCAUCAAGCUACUAGCUGGUGAAUAUAUGAUAGUCAUCACUAAUCGGAAACGUGUUGGGCAAAUCCGCGGCCAAGACAUAUACCGUAUUACUUCCUUCGAGAUUGUGCCAUUUGUAAAGGACUUGUCGUCACUGACUCCUGCUCAGGCCGCCGAUGAACAGAGAUAUGUAGAUCUGUUAACAGAUCAUCUCAAGAUCAAUACCUUCUACAUGUCAUAUACUUAUGACUUGACACAGACUAUUCAAAGGCAAGCGCAGUUCAGCAAAGAGACUAUGAAUCAAGUUCCUUCACAGCGGGCCGAUGACCGGUUCUUCUGGAACAAGUUCAUCUCUACCAAGUUGAUUGAUGCGGCCAAAACUACUGAAAAUCCAUCCGAGCUGUACAAAUAUAUCCUUCCAGUGAUGCAAGGCUUUGUGCAAGUUCUCCCAACUAAGAUCAACAAGAAGCAAGUCCUCUUCGCUUUGAUUACUCGUCGUAGCAGAUAUCGCCCCGGUACACGCUACUUCUCUCGCGGUAUUGAUGCUAAGGGUCAUGUAUCCAACUUCGUCGAAACUGAACAAAUCGUACUCUAUGAUGGAGAUAAAGAAAGCACCUCUGACGUUGUCGAGGGAAGAAUACAGCUCUCGUACGUACAAACGCGUGGAUCUAUCCCAGUCUAUUGGUCUCAAAUUAUCAAUUCAAAGUAUACACCAAAGCUUUGGGUUGGAGAUAGCCGAAAGAGUCUUGAGGCCAGCAGAGCUCACUUUGACGAGCAGAUCGCCAUUUAUGGCCCACAACUCCUUGUCAACUUGGUCAAUAAGAAAGGAUAUGAACUUCCAAUGAGCCAAGCCUACGCUCGCAACGUCGAGCAGUUGAAUGACGGUCGUCUUAUUUACACUCAUUUCGAUUUCCAUCACGAGUGCCGCAAAAUGAGAUGGGACCGUAUUUCGUUGUUGUUGGAUCAGUUAGAGCCAGAAUUGGUAAAACAAAGCUACUGCUUCUUUGACGCCAGCAACCUAAAAAAUCCUGUUCUCCAAAAGACACAAACCUCAGUCGUCCGUACCAACUGCAUGGAUUGUCUCGACCGUACCAACGUCGUGCAAAGCACAUUGGCUCGCCAUGUUCUUAACCAGCAACUGCGUGACAUCAAGGUCCUUGAUGUGAAGGAAAAGAUUGAAGAACACGAAGACUUUAUGGUAUCUUUCCGCAAUAUUUGGGCCGACAAUGCUGAUGCCGUCAGCUUCACAUACUCUGGCACUGGCGCUUUGAAGACUGAUUAUACCAGAACUGGUCAACGAACCAAGGCUGGAGCUUUACAAGACUUCAGCAACUCCGCCACUCGAUAUGUCAAGAAUAACUAUCUUGAUGGUAGCCGACAAGAUGGAUUUGACUUGUUUUUGGGCAACUUCUCCGUUAAAGCAGCUGUGGCAGGGAAAUACGUCAGUCCAUUCCAUACUGAAAAAGCACUUCGAGUACGAGUGGUUCCUGCCAUUCUGAUCUUCGCCUUCAUCAUGCUCCUGGUCAACCUUAUCUUCCCAAGAUUUUCCGGAAGCAAUUCAACAUUUAUGUAUCUGUUGGUAGUUUCUUUCUGGUUCUCGGUCCUCGUAUCGGGAGUUCGUUAUAUCGUCCAGAAUGGAUCUGAGUUUGUGCAAUGGCCAAAAUUGGUACCUGUUGGAAACGAUCGCGAACAAGUCGCUGUCGAGAACGCAAGUAUUAAAAAGCCAGUUGAAGAAAUUCCUCUCAAGAAUCUGUCCUAAAAAUUAUGGUUGGAUCACUAUUUGCUAUAUUACAUUACAUUUAGGCUACUACAACUAGAUGAUGGUUAUAAAAUAAAUAAAAAUGCUAUUAUUAGGAGAUGCGUUUACUCUUCUGCCUUUUC